AUGAGAACAGUACAACAAAAAAGAAAUCGUGAAUCGUCCAAAUUUGGAAAGAGAGAUUGCCACCCAUCCUUCAAUCCAUCUGUUACACCCCCCCCUCCCUCACCACAAACACAACACAAACAAUGUAAUACAUUGUUGCGAUCAAUCCCAUCAAUGACGACAUUACCUUUCUUCCUCUCACUCCUCCUCAUCCUAUCAAACUAUAAACAACAAAUCACCGCCAUCAUUUAA